AUGCUCCUGAUCUGUAUCAUGUUUCGUUACAUUCGUUCCUCCCCCAAAUUUAAAUCUCAAACGUUCAGUACAUUCUUGCGCACUCUUUUCUUCAUAUAUGGCAGUUGUCAGCUAUUAGUAGCAACCUUAGGUGUUAGCCAAUAUAACAAUCUAAAUGAGUAG